AUGAAGUUCAACAUUUCGUUCGGCCUGGCUGCCGGCAUGAUUCUGGCUCCUGUUGCUCAUGCUCAAGAUCCUUUCGGCAACCCGCAAGGUGCCACUCAAACGUAUAAUGCUGCACCCUCAUAUGCCACCCCGAGCAGUGCUGAUGGCGGCAUCGUCCAGUCGCUCGGCAGCCAGCUCUCCGGCAUUUUCCCCUCCAGUACCCCUAGCAGCAUGACUCCCAGUGGUGGCUAUAGCUAUGGAGGAUACCCCUCCUCUAGUGCCUUGCCCUCAGCCAGUGCCCAUCCCAAAGGCGGUCACCAUGGUAAGGGUGGUCACCACGGCGGCCAAGGUGUUCAGGGUGGCCAGGGCGGUGCCUCUGCUGGAGGAUUCCAUCCUCCAGGCGGCUUUGGGGGCUUCGGAGGCUUCGGAGGCUCCGGUCAAGGUGGCCAUGGCCAUGCGUCUCCUCCUGUCCCUCCAUUUGGGGCACCCGGAGGCUUCGGCCAGGGAGCUCAGGGUGGUGACAACGCUCCCUCUUUUGGCUCAUCUGGAGGAUUUGGCCAGGGUGGACCAGCUGGUCCAGCCCCGAGUGCUCCGCCUUUUCCUCCUUUUGGAGGUUUCGGCCAGGGAUCUCAGGCUGGUGGCAAUGCUCCCCCAAGUGGUCCAUUCGGAGGUUUUGGCCAGGGUGGCCAGGGUGGUCCAGCUGGCCCAGCUUCUAGUGGCUCUCCUUCCGCUCCGUUCGGUGGUUUCGGUCAAGGUGGUGCAGGUGGUCCUCCUCCUUCUGCUCCUUCCUCUGGACCAUCUGGAGGCUUUAGUCAGGGGGCCAACAAUGAUCCCGUUGCGAUGGGCACUCCUUCUGGUACUUUUGGUGGCUUCGGUGGCCGGGAGCCUGGCGAGACCUCCCAAGGCAUGCAGCAAUUCAAGCGUUUGCACGCCCGCCAGAUUCGGCCCUUCCAAGCCUAA